AUGCAGAGGCUCAGAGAGGUAGAGGCUCAGAGAGGCAGAGGUUCAGAGAUGCAGAGGCUCAGAGAGGUAGAGGCUCAGAGAGGUAGAGGCUCAGAGAUGCAGAGGCUCAGAGAGGCAGAGGCUCAGAGACGCAGAGGCUCAGAGACGCAGAGGCUCAGAGACGCAGAGGCUCAGAGAUGCAGAGGCUCAGAGACGCAGAGGCUCAGAGAUGCAGAGGCUCAGAGAGGUAGAGGCUCAGAGACGCAGAGGCUCAGAGACGCAGAGGCUCAGAGACGCAGAGGCUCAGAGACGCAGCGAGGCUCAGAGAUGCAGAGGCUCAGAGACGCAGAGGCUCAGAGACGCAGAGGCUCAGAGAUGCAGAGUCUCAGAGAGGUAGAGGCUCAGAGACGCAGAGGCUCAGAGACGCAGAGGCUCAGAGACGCAGAGGCUCAGAGAUGCAGAGGCUCAGAGACGCAGAGGCUCAGAGAUGCAGAGGCUCAGAGACGCAGAGGCUCAGAGAUGCAGAGGCUCAGAGAGGUAGAGGCUCAGAGACGCAGAGGCUCAGAGACGCAGAGGCUCAGAGACGCAGAGGCUCAGAGACGCAGAGGCUCAGAGAUGCAGAGGCUCAGAGACGCAGAGGCUCAGAGACGCAGAGGCUCAGAGAUGCAGAGGCUCAGAGAGGUAGAGGCUCAGAGACGCAGAAGCUCAGAGACGCAGAGGCUCAGAGACGCAGAGGCUCAGAGAUGCAGAGGCUCAGAGACGCAGAGGCUCAGAGAUGCAGAGGCUCAGAGAUGCAGAGGCUCAGAGAGGUAG